UGAAAAACAGAAUUAGGGACAAGUAUUUUAGAUUACACGUUCAAACAAACAAUAGCAACAAAAACAUUCGUUAUUACUGGAUUAUAGCUAGCCAGAGCCCUGCUUUUAUCCGUUAAGUUUAUCUACUCAAUAAACGUUUAAUCUAAGCAGCAAAAUCAUGUAAUAUGGGCUAGUAAAACAUAAACAAAUCAAAUCCUUUACAUUUAAAGACAAGAAUGUAUCGGGGGAAAAAGUUAAAACGUUCAAAACACCUCAUCAAAAAGCUUACAACAUGUAAACUUCGACUUAAAUCGCCGUCAGAGCAUCAGGAGCACAUAACAGACUUUCCAGCACGUGAAGUUGAGAGAUCGCUGCUGCGUGACGUAGAGCAUCACUCGCGCAGCUCUGAAAACAGCAUCGUGCUCGUGUCCUCUCAAAGCUGAAGACGCGGAGAACAUGGACGGAUCGCGAACGAUACAUCUGCGGCCAUUUAUACUCUGUUUAUGUGUUUAGCAGUGCGUGCGGUUAUGUGUAUGCGUGCGUUUGGAAACCUGACGCGUCAUAGCUCGCUCUGCACCAGCCGAGGCAGGCGGCGGUGCUGAGGAGUCUCUGCCAUUGCAGUUGCAGCCGAAGGAGAGGGGACUAGGCAAGCCUGUGUGAAUGUUGGCCGGGCGAAGAAACGUGGCAGGAUGGCGUCCACGGGCACGCAGAUCUUCGCCUUUGUGCUGGCAUUGCUCGGCAUUCUAGGUGCCACCGUGGCCACGUUACUGCCCAACUGGAAGGUGAGCGCGGACGUGGGUUCGAACAUCAUCACUGCCAUCUCGCAGAUGCAGGGGCUGUGGAUGGACUGCACCUGGUACAGCACUGGCAUGUUCAGCUGUACACUGAAGUACUCUGUGCUGGCACUGCCCGCAUACCUGCAGACGGCACGCACCACUAUGGUUCUUUCCUGUGUGUUGGCAGCCCUGGGAUUGUGUUUGGCCUCUCUGGGUUUGAAGUGCACCCGCUGGGGUGGAGGACGGCGUGCUAAACGCCACGCUGCUAUGGCAGCGGGCACCUGCUUUCUGGCCUCUGGCUUCCUCUGCCUCGUUCCCGCUUCUUGGUACACAAACGAGGUUAUUGUUAGCUUCCUUGACGCCAAUGUGCCCGAAAGCAACAAGUUCGAGCCAGGGGGCGCAGUCUACGUAGCCUUCAUCUCGUCUGGUUUCCUGUUCGUGGGUGGGUCCAUUUUCUGUCUGUCCUGUUCAGGCAAGCGGCACGGCCCUCAGGAUUUGAUACUUCUCCCUCCUGACAAACUCCUUUUGCAGCAGCAACAGCAACUGCUGCAGCAGCAGCAGCAGCAGGAUCAGCUCCAGCACCAGUACUGCUCUCUCUCGCCGCUGGAUAACAAGACUGGCUACAGUCUGCAGGACUACGUCUAGAGUGCAAACAGUUCAGGUGCGAGACAAGCGCAAUGCACUGCCACUCAACCUCUUGGCUCUCGUGAUUACAACAUGAAAGGGCAGGAGGGACUGCAACUUUCAAACCUUUCGGUCUCUUUCCUUUUUAAGAUCAGGAAGCACAAACGGGAGAUGUAUUUCCCUGAAGCAAUGUCUUGGAACAGACGGAUUGUGAAUACCGAGGUAGCAGAAACGCUGCAGUAGCGACAGCGAAAGUGGUGUGAAGUACUGAGCGAGAUAAAUACAUGCACAUAUCCAGCAUCCUAUUAAACCUUAUUAAAGCGUUCCUCUGGGAACUAAUUAGCAACAAGGGAAUGUUUCUGCUGUUUCGAAUCCCCCCCGUCCCCCCCUUCCCAAAGAUCUACGAAGCAAUCGUUUAGCUGCUAACAAUCGUUUGAUAACCUCUGUUUAACGUAAGAUGGCAAUAUGUCUCUAAGAGGCAAUGGUAUGGGAGAGCCCUUGUUUGGGAGGUUCUUUGCUCCCCCCCCCCCCCUCACCCCCUCCUACUUGAGUAAUGGUUGUGUUAAUGAAACCUCUUGUCUUAUUUUGGUAGCUGAUAGACUGACAUGAUUGAUAUUCUGCCUAAGCAUGCUUUCUGGAGCCUGUGCAUAAUGCAGUGGAAUGCCUGAAUUGUAGCCAUAUAGCCUGUGCCUAAAGAGCUCUAGUACAUAAACCGCCCAAACUGUUUGGAGAGAAGUGGGAGGAGCGAGUGAGUAGGGAUGGCCGGGGAAAUCCAUAAAGGCUGAGAGGAGACUGCCCCUUCAUAUGUCCAACGAAACAACACUUUCAGAUUUCAGACUAGACAACAGAAAGCAGUCUUCAGCUCAGGGCAUGCCGUUCGCUCCAUUCGCACCAACGCUUAUACUGUGCUGCAUGUGUGCUUUUAUUCACGCUCCCACUCACUGCCAUGGAAACGGGAUUCGACACCCAGAUGCGUGUAUUGUGUAGAGGUCGUACCUCUCUGCCUACUCUGAGGAUGGCGGUCCUAUCUAGGAUGGGCUGGAGGCUGUCAUGAAUCACUCCAGCCAACAGCUGAGGAUUGGUGUCUGGGGACAAAGCCUCAGUCACUAACUUGCUGACUAACUCAAUCGAUAAUUGCAUUAACAAUAUUUUUAGUUGGCUAAAUUUGAAUGAAACUGUGUGCUAACGCCCACUCUCACAGCAAAUUCGGCUUUUUCAGAGUAAUGUUUCUUUCUCUCCAAAUUUAAACAUUUGCCUCUAAAUGCAUUAGCAGAUCGUCACCUACAAGAGUCUCCUUUAUUUAAUAUUUAAUAAAUAUCACAAGGUUAUUCUUAGCGUUUACAGACAUCAUCUGCCAAUUUCAAGAGCGAGAGCGACAGAUUAGCACCAUUAAACCCAUUUUGAGCCCAUUCACACCAAGCAGAGUAACUAUAAACAAUACUAACAAUAAAUAUUAACCUCUAAUAAGCGGCAGAUGCUUUCAGUGUGCAACUAGAGCGUCUGACCAGUGACUCUUUUAUUUAAAUGUAUUAAAUUAAACUAAUUUAACAAACUAUUUUAAUCCCAGCAUUUCUAAAGGAUUCAUCUGAACUGGACACAUGAGAUACUUUAAUUUAUAUAUCAAUCAAUUUGCUAGCCUGGCUUGCAUAUAUAUAUAUAUAUUGAUAUUUUUAUCAUUCUUUCUCAUGAUAUAACCAAUUGUUUUCUAGAUGGUCAUUAUCUUUAAAUCAUCUUGGUAAUACUUUAUAAUAACUACACACCAUGAAUCAUCUAUUAAGCAAUAGCACAUAGUUAAUUCAUUAUCUGUUAUGUAUUAACUCUACAAUAGUAGAUGUUAGUAAGUUUAUAACUGCAGAUGCUCUAUUCUUGACUUAAAGGCAGAUAUACAGUUGAAGUCAGAAUUAUUA